AUGUCUGACUUAGGUAGAAAAAACGUUUCUGAUAAAGUUAACGAAGCUGUUCAACCAGAUUCCGAAAAAUCUGCUUUAGAUAAAACUAAGGAACAAGUUACUGAUAAACUUGAUAAAGUCGCUGCUAAAGGUACCCCAGAAGACCAAAAAUCAUUUGCCCAAACCAUCAGUGAUAACAUCCAAACUGGCCAUGAUGACGCCAAAAAAAAGAUUGGUGAUGAUGAAUCUACCUUAGCUGACACUGCUUCCCAAUACGUGGAUGCCGCUAAAGAACAAAUUGGUAACGCUGCUCAAUACGUUUCCGGUGUUGUUACCGGUGCUAAAGAAGGUGCUUCUGAAGCUGCU